AUGCACGCUCUACGAACUGCGGAUCGCCUCUGGAAGUGGCGCAAUCCGCGCUUCAAACUUCCAACAGAGCUAAGAUGCUAUAGAUCGUUUCACGGACGAAAUCAAUUCGGGGAGAUAAACAAGUUCCUGAAAAUCUCAGAAGAGGUGCAAGAUGCUGUGGCUUCAUCGAGGCCUGUUGUAGCUUUGGAGACGACUAUUUAUACGCAUGGGUCUGAGCGGGAAGAAGAUGAAUGGAGGGACUACAAUUGCUGGUACCAUGGUGCUCGCUCAUAUUGCGGGGAUCAAAGUAUUUGCUACUGGUGGCCUCGGUGGUGUGCACCGUGUGGGGAAAACUCUAUGGAUAUAUCUGCCGACCUCACUGAGCUUGGCCGAACUCCUGUUGCGCUUAUCAGCUCAGGUUGUAAAAGCUUUUUAGAUAUCCCGCGGACGCUUGAGUACCUCGAGACCGAAGGGGUGAUGGUUGGAGUCUUUGCAGAUGGACGUGAGGGAAGUGUGGAUUUCCCUGCUUUUUAUACCAGAAACAGCGGAAUAAAAGCACAAAAAAUCAUAUGUGAUGAAGCAGAAGCAGCUGCCAUCAUUUAUGCACAAUCCCGUCUAAACAUAUCUUCAGGUUUGGUUUUCGCCAAUCCAGUGCCAGGGGAAUUUUCAUUCCCCAAGAAGGAGAUUGAUGAUAUAAUUGAACAAGCCCUUGAAUCAUCUAAGCUUGAAGACAUCCAUGGCAGUGAUAAUACCCCUUUCGUUCUAGCCAAAAUUAAGGAGUUGAGUCAUGGGAAAAGCGUGACUACGAACACAGCUUUGGUAGAGAGCAAUGUGGAACGCGGAACCAAAGUUGCGUUAGAGCUUGCCAAACUGGAAAAUGGAUGUCCAGUGGAAGAGAAUCGACAUAUGCCAGGGUAUUUAACGAGUGCUCCGUUAUCUUCGGAGUCUCCUUCAACUCAAAACACCCUCAAACGUCCCAUUCCAACAAUACCUACGUCCAAACCCAUACUAGGGAAUGUUGAAGAGGCCAAUAUAUUAGUCGCCGGGUCUCUUGCAGUAGACUUUGCGUGCGAUUAUACACCCGUGACACAAAGCGGUGACGGUAUCCCCGCUCUCCAAACAUCUAACCCCUCAAUCAUUAGACAAAGCUUAGGGGGAGUUGGCCACAACGUAGCUCUAGCAGCGAAUUACGCUGGCAGCUCAGUGCUCCUUUGCAGCGUCGUUGCGGACGAUCUCAGCGGCCGUGCAGCGCUCUCUGGCCUAAAAAACUGUCAACCUAAUCUGCAAGUUCAAGGUAUCCAGGUUCUUAACCCAGCCACUGGCUCCAGGACUUCUCAAUAUGUCUCUGUCAAUGACGAGAGGAAAAACCUCAUGCUUGCCAUGGCAGAUAUGGCGAUCAUGGAAACGCCUGAGCAGCAUCUUGAUUUCGACACCUUGUGGCGCCCUCUUAUCCAGAGCGCACGGCCCAGCUGGAUCGUCAUCGAUGCGAAUUGGAGCCCAGAUGUCAUCGCAAAGUGGAUUUCACUGGCGAAAUCCCACGGAGCCAAAAUCGCAUUUGAACCAGUAUCCAACGAAAAAUCAACCCGCCUCUUCACACGCUCGCUUUCAAACUCAAAAUCAAUCAUCCAGCCGUCAAUCACAAUUCCAAACCACUCCAUCGACCUCGUGACUCCUAACCGCCACGAGCUGACAGCCAUGUAUACAACAGCGCGAGAAUCUGGCCUCUUCGAGAGCGCGGAAUGGUGGCAGGUCAUCAACUCCCUAGAAAUGCCUAGUAAUGGCUCGCGCGAUCGACUAGUCUCUGCAACAAACUCUCAACUCGUAGAUGAAGGGAUCCCGCAACAAAGCAUUCGGCUUCUGCCUUUUAUCCCCUGCAUAAUCACCAAACUCGGUCCGAAGGGCGUGUUACUUACUCAGAUCUUGCCGCAUGAUGAUGAGCGGCUUCGCUCUGCGGAUUACGCAUGUUAUAUCUUGAGCAGAUCUUAUGGCGGUAGUAGCAAUGGCCCUGUUGGCGGGGUUUACAUGCGUCUCUUCCCGCCGGAAGAAGUCCUGGGGGAUAAGAAUGUGGUCAGUGUUAACGGUGCUGGCGACACGUUGCUUGGGGUGAUCGUUGCGGGACUUGCUAAGUGUGAAUGGAAGGGUGAUGCGGGCUUGAGGAGUUUAGACGAUAUCAUUCCUGUUGCCCAGAGAGCUAGUAUAGAGACCCUGAAGAGUACAGCUGCAGUGAGCAAGGAGAUUUCAGGUCUAGAAGGACUAUUACGGCGCAGAUAA